GACAGAACCCACUCUCUAACUGCAGAACUUGUGUGGGAGAGAGGUGCGUGGAGAGUGCCCUUGAAAAAGCUUUAAUGGUGGUUACUGCGUUGCCACUGACAACACCCACGUUGCCAGAAGUGAUACAAAGCAAGGGAGAGGGAGAAAGCGUGAGGCGUGAUUUACUGGAGAGAGUAGCUACUGUAGCAGAGAGUGAGAAAGGAGAAGGGGAAAAAAGACUGAGAGACAUCGAAAAGUGCCUCGGCUCUGCAGAUGGAGAAAGAGAUGAACUCCUGGACAGCCCCCCUCAGCUCCCGUUAAUCCGCUCACAAGUAAAAUGCACAGUUGCAUUCUCAGCCAAAGAGGGACAGACUGCAUGUGAGAAAAGCUGCAGCAGCAAAAUGCCACACAACUUGGCUGAGGCAGAAAUUAAGGGACCGAGGGGGACGAGCAUUUGCAGCUCAGACACAGCCAUCUCACCAGCUGAAGAGGGAGACACCGAAACGGAGCUACAGCGAUUGGAAUCCUGUAUCAGUACCUCUCCCCUUGGGCUGCUCAUUGGUCCUGAAUUUCAGGAUAACAGUGCUGUGAGAUCGGAACAAUCAGGAGAGGGAGGAGUAGGAGGAGAAGAGGAAGAGAGGCAGGCUGGAGAUCACGGUUCAUACAGCCAGCCAGAAUGCUCUGAUGGUGGGGUGUCAUCAGCCGAGACAGAAUCGCGUCCGCCCACUGAUGUUGCCGAGUCACAGCUGAAGUCACAGAGCUGGAGUGAGCCGAUUGAUAAAAUCACUGAGGGCAUCUGCUCUGAACAGGACCGUCGCUUCCACCCCUGCCAGGAACAGCGUGGCGUAGCAAUUUCACCUCACAAUUUGCAAAGCUCCAGCAAUACAAAUGGAGGGAUAAAGACUGAUGUCAUGCAGAAUCUGCUUUCAGAGGAAGAAUUGCCUUUGGGACACAUUUAUAAGGAGUCAUCCAUCCCCGAGACAAACUUCAAUCCAAUCUUUAUGUCUUUAAUUUCACCUGAGCCUUUGACUACUUCACAUCAAACCAAGCAAGAAGGAAAUCGCAAUCAACAAGUUCAACCUGGCAGCACAGCAGAAGAAAAAACUAAUACAAGUGCAGCAAAAUUUCAAGUCAAAGACCUCACCCAGUGCAACUGUGGUAGCCCUGCUAUGUCGGGAGUAGGUGUGGGUGUAUUUGACAGCAAUAAGGCAAACAACAGAGUUCACUUUGCAGAUGAUGUGAAACAAAAGGGCAGUUCCUCUGUGGAUUUCAAGAAGAUGCCAGCUCCAGCUUUUGAUUGUGCUUCUUUGCCUCCACUGACUGUUCAUGAGAGUUUGCACCAUCCUGUGGCUGAGGCCAGUUAUAUCUUCACAGAAUUUCUAAGCUUGAAAAUACCAGAAAUUCCCACAAACCCAGCUCCCAAUGAGGAUGAAGCAACAACAACUGGAUCUGCUGACUUUCCAGAGCCACAGAAGGAUGAUAAGUCUGAUAAAACGGAUACCACGAAAGACAUCAGCAUCGAUUACUCAGGUCAUGACAGCUUUGAGACCAACACUGUAGAUGUGCAGCCAAUCGCCACUGCUCACUCAGACCAGCUUUCAUGUUUCACUGAGAAGAAUCAGACAGGUAAUGAAGAUUGUAAAAUGAAUGCUGAGGCUAAAAGCUCAGUUCAAGAGAGCCAGGAUCUUCUGCUCGUACUUCCAACUGAUGAUGUCACCUGCAAACCUCUCUCCACUGUGUUCCCUGGAGAUCUCGAUCCCAUUUCCGAAUCUGAAGUUAAGACCUCCACCUGUACAGCCUCUGCUGAGAUAAAGCCUUCUGUCUUCAAUGGUCAGCCUCCCAGUCAGUUAUGUGAAAUACAUCCUAGUGGAUUAGUCAACAUGGAUCUCAUGAAAGGUAGGGAGGGGCUGAAGUUAAAAACUGGCUCUGCUGAUGUGACAAAAGAUGAAGUGGUGACUUCAGAAGUGGGAGCCUCUGACCAAUCAAGUUUUUCUAAGGUGGAUAAAAAUCCACCUUUUGUGCUUCGGCCUCCUGGUCCGAUGUUGAGUCAUUUAGAGCUCAUUAAUGACUGUGAUAUCUCUCUUCCUGAGCAGACAGAUAACUGCAGUGCUGAUGGAGAUUGCACUAAAGUCUCCGGAGAGGUGGAUGGCUAUAAAAGUGGUGAAAUGACACAAAGGUUUCUUGCGCAGGAUCUGGAGCACAAUGAUGACACUGUUAAAACUGAUGGGAUUUGUCUGGAACUGCAGGAUAAAAACAAUUCUGUGCAGUCUGUUGAUGAACUUGAGGAUUCUGUUUCCAAUAUUGAAAAUAAUAAUUCACAAGAGAAAAAUUGGCCUCCUGUUGCAGUUGGUGUACAGUCACAGGAUGAGUCUGAUAAUCUACUUUCUCCAUGCUACACUAAACCAGACUCUAUUGACUAUGAACCUGUUAGUUGUAAAGCAUCCAUUAGGGAUGAACUAAUAAAUGUGAGCUCUGACCUCUAUGCUACAGACACAUGUGACAAUAUGGAAGAGAAAAACAAAAUGGGAGAUCAGACAUCGCUGCUGUUGGAAGAGACAAAGAAAGAAAAGAAAGAGGCAACAAUGGAUAAUCAUAAGGAAGCAGCAGACAGCAGCAAUGAGCAGACAGGAAAGACAGAGCCAGCAUUACAAAAGCAUAAUGGACCAGAUAAAGAGGCUGUUGUGGAAGCUGAAGCUUUGGAGCCACCACAUGAAAAUGCUGCACAAAAGACUCAAUUACUAUUAAAUGAUAUGAAAAAGGAAGGAGAAGGAAGAGAAGAAAGAAGUUUUGAAUCUAAAUCUGAGACUGAAAUUUGCUCCCUUCCACCUAGCAGAACUUCAGGGACAUCUGAGGACAUCCAACCAGCCGAGUUAGAGUGCUGUAGUGAAGCUCCGACAGUUAAUGACCAGAGUUUGCACCAAACUUUGACGGCGGUGCUGGAGUGCAGCUCUGACACUGACGCUACACUAGUUUCAAGUGCAGCUCCCAGCCAAUCACAGUCACCACUAAAUCUAAACUGUUUUGCUCAGCAGCAGCAUCUGGAAUCCAGACAAUCCACAGAGGAACUGUCAGGUAGCACCAUAGAGGGGGAAGAAAAGACUAACACUCAAACCCAAGCACCAGUGCGAGGGGUAAAAGGGGGAGCAGAGGAAGGAGACAGCUCUGUUGAAAGUUUGUGUCAGACGGGAAGCGGGGAUGAGUUGGCAGAAGAUGACAGUAGUGGCAUUAAAGGAGUGACGGGUCAAGAGAAAUCUAAGGGAGCUCAAGCUGCAGGAGUAGAUGUGCCACCCCCCUUUUCCAAUGAUUUAAAUGAAAGUGGAAGUGCUGCUGAGAGAAAUGUCUCAGUUGACAUAGGGAUAGGAAUAGCUAGUUCUCAAGCUGGUGAUACAACGGAGGAGAUAGACGAGAUAAAAGGCCCUGCGGUAGAGGUUGGUGCUUUAGAUGCAAAUUUAAUGUCAGACACUGAAAUUAUGAGUAAUCUGAGGGAUAAAGGCCAGCAGGAAAGCAGUCUAUCAGCUGCCUGUCAAGACCAGCAAAGAAACCCUGAGACAUCAAAGAACAGCGCUGUUAAUGUUGAGUUUACUUCACUGCAACUUGCAAAGAUUUUCAGUGCUGUACCAGAGCCUGCUGGGCAGCCAGAAACUGGGGGAAAGGAUGUCAGUGCUGCUAUGGUUUUGAAAAGCGAGAGUGGUGAAACUGGGGAGUGUGAAAUUAAGGCUACAGUGUGCAAGCCUUUGGAGCUACAAAGCUGCAAUAAAACCACAGUCACACAAAGCAGCCCAGUCGUACAAACAGCCAUAAAAGGCCCUGAUGUUGAGGAGAUGACAAAAGAAGAUGAGGCAGCUUUAGUUGAGGAGAAAGUUAGCAGCCAUGGAAAGGAACAAAGUGAGGUAGAACUAACUGACAGUAAUGAAGAAAAGGAAAAGCAGGGUGUUGUAGAUUUAUAUGAUAAACAAUGUGGAACAGAAUCAGUCUCAGGCCAGUUUCACAGUGGGGUGUCACCCAGUAGCACAGAGACAGAUAUUUGUCCCUCAGAGGAGACUACUGGUCCUUCUAAGGCAGUAGAAAAUUAUAGCAAUGUAUCUUGUUAUACUGAUGUUAUCACAGCCCCAUCUGUUGUUUCAUCAAUGUACCUGGACGAUUUUCCAUCAACCACCCAUGUAGCUCUGAACGAGUCAGAGAAACCACAUGAUCAAGUUACAUUAUCAAAGUCCCAGGAUGAUAUUGCAUUAAAUUCCACUGUCACUGCCUCUCAGUGUGAUGGAAAAUCACUUGAAAAGGCUCCUGCCUGCAACUCUCCUAGUGAACAAGUGUCUAUGAAAGUGGAAGCUGCUGAUGUGUCAGAGUAUCCUGCUCCUGGACAAACAGCCCAGGAACCAGAAACAAACUGGAUAAAAGCCCUAAAAGAAGCUGCGUCUCUAUCUCAGAGGGAACAAGCAAGCACAGGGGAUACGUUGAGACCCCUCCCAUCUCUAGAGUCUCCUCAGCUAGAGUUUCUAACUCCCACUGAAGAGAUAGCUGCUCCAUUGAGACAAGAUGAGGAGAUCCCACCACUGGAACAAGCAGCAAAGAAGACAACAGAGAGCUCAUCUCUAAAUCUUUUGAAGAGGCCAGUAGACCUUCCUGGGCCUUUAGAAAAGACUGUAAAUCUCCCAGAAACAACACAGCACACAGCAGAGCUUCCCAUAUCAACGCAGAGCACAAAGGCAGAAGAAGCACAAGAAAAAGACGAGCCAACCAAGACAGAAGAGUCUCCAGAUGAUUUUCCAGAAUCUGAGAGGAAGCCUGUAGAAGUUGUGGAAGAGAAGGCUGAUGUUUUAACACCAACCACCAAGAUCAAAGAGACCCCAGAACCAACAAAAACUGAGGAAGAAUCCCAAAAACCAAUCAAAUAUGAAGAACCACAACCUAAAACGAAGACAGCAGAGCCCCUACAGCAAGAGAAGACGCUGUCAGACGAAAAACUAGUUGAGGAGCCAUUUGAAGUCCCUGCUUUGAAAAGUACUGUGACAGAAACAGUCCAGGACCCCUCUGCAGAGUUCCAGGACAGCCGGCUCUCCUUCACUGAGGAGGCAGAGAGAGGUCACCCUGCCCCUGCUUCUCCCACACUUCCUACCUCUGAGCACCACUUCCUGUCCACCCUCCCUCCUCACCUCCAAGACUUCACAGAGCUCCCUAGACUUUCUCCCACUCCCCUGCGAAGUCUCACACUUGAAUCUCUUCCGACCCCACCUGCAUCCCCCUACCUUCCUCCGCCUCCAGUUCCUGCUGCCCCAUCUGCACCUUCUGCUGACCAUUGUGAGGACAUUAACCCAAAUUCUGCUCUGUGCCACGUCCCUUUAAGGAGCUCCGACUCUGAUGGUGCUUUUGAGACUCCCGAAUCUACAACUCCAGUAAAGGCUGUUUCUCCCACUGAGCCCAACAGAGUGAAGUUAACAUCUGAUGACAAAGGUUCUAAUACCUCCGUGAAUGAUCUUACUUCUGAAAUAACUAAAUCUGAAACACCAUCCCUUUUUCUUACCACUACUUUCGACGAGAACAAGCCCAUUGCUGCUAGUGGUACAUAUAAUAUCGACUUUUUUGCCGUUGAGUCAGCAAGUCAUACUCUGACCCGGUCUCUCAGCCUCCAGGGAGGAGAACUAGAUAGCUCUAGUCUCUUGGAUGGAUCAGUGUCAGGAGGUUUCCGUCCACAUUCCGAAUCCUUCAGCGUAGGCACUGAGAGUGCCCCAGGGACACUACGCAGACCCAAAAAAGUCCGUCCUGGGUCCACAAAGAAGAAGCCCCUCCUCAGACAGAACUCCAACCCUGAGAGCCCGAGGCCAGCCUCAUCUAGCAGCACCCCAGAAAUCAAGAAGCGGGCAAAACCUCGAACCUCCAGCCCUCUCCAGACUCAGGAGGAAACAGAAGGAGGCUCUGCAACCCCAAGUCCUGGAGGGACUCUCAGAAGAACGAGGAAGAGCCGUGUAGAAACGCCCCCUCCUCUGCCCGAGGAAACCAAUCAUAUCAGCCAAGAAGAGAGCCGGGGUGUCCCUGCCUUACCUUUAUGCCAGGAGGAGGUCCCUCUACCUGCAAGUCUAACAGACAAAGACGAAUCUCCCAUCCCACCUAGUGCCUCCUACAGAUGGGAUCCAGAGAAUUUUGAGAACAUCAACCCCUUUAGGACUGGAGGCAGUAAAAUUGCUAAUUCUCCAGUUUUGGGUCGGAAAGAUCCCGUUUGCGGCCCUAUUUCCAGUCCCCCAAAGAGUCCCCCUGUCCCUGCUGUGGAACCACAUCACCCCACUCCCCCGGCUCCUCUUGAAAAGUCAAUCAUACAUCCUGAAGAGCAACCUAUCUUACCCAAACGUCAGCCAGUAAGACUGGAGUUUGACUACUCUGAGGAAAACUGUGAGGCGUCACAUCAGGCUUCUCCUCCACUCAAGAAAGUUGGAAAGAAGCCUGGUGCCAAGAUGCCUCUCAGGAAACCAAAGCUGGGAUUGAAAAAGACGCCUGCUGCCCAGGUGGAGCAGCUGGACAACAACCCUCCUGCAACGCAAAACGGCAACGAGGAUGAAAUCUCUCUUCCUAAAGUUUCUUACAACUUUGAACCAGAUAAGUGGGAUGAUCUAAACUUUAACCCAUUUACUUCCAAGAAAGGUAUCUCCAACUCCCCCAAAAUGCCCAGGCCAUCAUAUAACUUUGACCAAGAAGCCUAUGAUGACUCCAUAGACCCUUUUAAAUCCUCCAACAAGAUGGCCAGUUCCCCUCCUAAAGCAUCGGCCUCUGUUGAAAUGUCAUCCAACGACUAUGAAAAUGAAAAUGACAAUAUUGGGGAACUAGAAGACCAAAACCAGAAUAAAACAGCAAAGAAGAAGAAAACUCCCAUAAAAUCGAAGUCCAGGGGUGUGUCCUCUCUUUGUUGUCUGUUUAAUACUUUCAGAGUGAAGAGGUCACCAAAGAAAUCCCCAUUGUCAGAUAUAUCACAGGAUCCUACGCCAACAGAUGAAUCUCCCUCCCAUCACCUGCAGGAUGAUCAUGCCACGGAUGAAGAGAAGCUAGCCUCCUCAACCACUCAUAAGUGGGCAGCCCUGCACGACAUGGAGGCAGAUUUAAACUCUGACCAACAAGAUUUCCCUCAGCCGUCCGACCUUACAUCUUUUGUUAAAGAGAACGGCCUCCCUCAGGAGGCUCCAGUACAAGACUAUGAAAUUGAGUACAUGGAGAAGAUUGGCUCCUCCUCUCCACCUCUUUCUACAAAGAAGCCAUCUUUGUACUUGAAUUUGGACUCAGUUUCUGACAUCUUAACCAAAAAUACAUGUGGGCAUGGAUCUGAGCCCAGCUCCCCCUGUACAGGGAGUUUUGAGGAGAUGGAGGCCCAGAUAACAGGUAUGAAGACACCAGUGUUGAGUUUGCGGCCCGGUCCUGAAGGUUCUGUUGGGGACAAGGGCAAGAAGAGAGAGAGCGACUCACUCAGCCGAACGCAGAGCACAGAGAGGGAUGAACAGCCCUUUAGCCAGGGCCCCGUCGAGACCCCUGCUCCAGACCAGUCCAUGCCCCUGUUAGACAGGCUGUCUAAGUGUGAUGACCCCCUGCAGUACCUGGAGCCUGACCUGGCUGAGACCAACCCCACUGCAUUCGCCCAAAAACUACAGGAGGAGCUGGUGCUUGCUGCCCUGAGACUAGAGGCUCUGCAAGUAGCCAAAAACAUCUCUCAGUGCCCCUCCCUCUCCACUGUAACCCCUCAGCACAGAGACAUGCCAUCUUCAGUAGAGAGCGUUGUGACCAAGAACUCUCUGUACGCCAGGACUACCACCACCAGCAGCAGCUACAUUGAAGGGGAGAGUCCACACCUACCCAGAGAUCUGGACCACUCGUUGGGAAUUGCACGAGAGGAGAUUGUGACAAAGGAGAAAGAAGUACUAGAGUGGCAGAGGAAGUAUGAAGACAGUCGACAAGAAGUGGUGGAAAUGAGGAGGAUUGUUGCUGAGUAUGAGAAGACAAUUGCUCAGAUGAUAGGCAUGCCAGAGGACGAUCAAAAAGAGAAAUCUCUGUCCCACCACACCAUCCAGCAGUUGAUCAUUGAGAAGGACCAAGCCUUGGCCGACCUCAACUCAGUGGAAAAGUCUCUGGCCGACCUUUUCCGUCGUUACGAGAAAAUGAAAGAUGUGCUGGAGGGCUUCCGCAAGAACGAAGAGGUAUUGAAGAAAUGCGCUCAGGAAUAUCUAUCUAGGGUGCGCAAGGAGGAGCAGCGAUAUCAAGCCCUGAAGAUCCAUGCAGAGGAGAAACUAGACAAGGCUAAUGCAGAGAUUGCUCAAGUGCGAGGUAAGGCCAAGCAGGAACAAGCUGCCUACCAGGCCAGUCUGAGGAAGGAGCAGAUGAAGGUUGACUCUCUGGAGCGCACUUUGGAGCAAAAGAACAAAGAGAUUGAAGAGUUGACGAAGAUCUGUGACGAACUGAUCGCCAAGAUGGGGAAGAGUUAGCAGCCAAAUCACGACCAAAUCACACAGAAAAAACUGGUGGUUAGAAAAUGAAGUGGAACACUCUUCAAAUAAAUCAUGGACAUCUAAGGCCAAAGAGGUCUUGGGAUUUGACUUUCUGCUGAUUCGGUGUGUACAGGAUCCAGGAGAAUGACUUCCUCUUAAUUAUUUUGUACAUUUUUGAUGUGUCACUGUAUCGUACUGUAUUGGGGGUCUGGUUAAAAGUUCUAGAAAAUUUAUCAUAUCACUAAUGAGUGGGUCUGUAUGUGUGAAUGUAUGUAUGAUAAUGAGAUAGUGCAAGAGUUGUUUGUGGGUUAAAUUAUGUGUUAUGAUGUUGCCAUGACAGCCACUGAGGGAGAAGACUGUUUACCUACUCCUCUUAUUGUCUCCUCUUGAUGCAAGACAAAGAUAGAUUUUGAAAAUGAGUACCAGAGAUUUAGAUUUAUUCAUUAAAGGUAUAUACACUUCUAACAGAGCCCAAACUAUCACAAUAACUUCUUGCAUGUGAGAGAGAAAAAAAACCUUGUGUUAAUGUUUGUAUAUACUGUACUUUAGGAUAUUUCAAGACUGAUCUGCAUUUUUGAUAUAGGUAUUGUCAUCCUCACCCUGCUGCCGUCAUGUAACCAUGUAGAUAUGUGUCUCAUACUUGUCAUAGCUUUUUUGAUGAAAUUGUGGAUCUUUAUUUUUUGGAUUUAUUUUGAUAUAAAGCAAACUAAUCGUGACUGUGUUCAGUUGUGACCAGGAAUUGUUUAAUUUUGAAUGAAUAUGUUCUAGUCUUGCAGUGGUUGUUUGUCACACUGAGAAGUAACUUCUCUGCACAGCUACUGUAUAGCAUCAGCUUACAAAGUGCAAUAAAAGAUGGCAAUAAAGCUUAA